AUGUCCAUAACACCUGAUGGCAUCUAUGCCGCCCUCCCGACCACGACGAGAGGCCAACCUACCCCUCUAUCUGCCGAUUCCAAGGGCGAGCGCAUAGCCUACGCUUCGAACAAAUCGAUCUUUCUGCGGUCUAUCGACACUCCUGCCAUAUCUUCUCAGUACACACAGCAUACAGCCGCCACUACUGUUGCCCGGUUUUCCCCGUCCGGAUUCUAUUGUGCUUCAGGCGAUGUCUCGGGGGUUGUGAGAGUUUGGGACUGCUCGCCCAAUGGAUCAGGAGUUACCAAGGGCGAAUAUGCCAUCAUCUCCGGCCGGAUCAAUGACAUCGCUUGGGACGGUGACAGCCAACGGAUUAUAGCUGUGGGAGAUGGGAAACAGCGCUUCGGUCAUUGCAUCACGGCGGACUCUGGAAAUACAGUUGGAGAGAUCAGUGGUCAUUCGGCCCAGGUCAAUGCGGUCAGCAUACGACAACAACGGCCAUUGCGAGCAGCAACGGGAGGAGACGACAAGAACUUGGUCUUCUACCACGGGGCUCCUUUCAAAUUCAACGGUAUUCCCGGCCGGGGAAAUCAUACCAACUUCAUUUACGGAGUGGCCUUCUCCCCUGACGGGAACAAUUUGGUCAGUGUGGGUGGUGACAAGAAGAUAUACAUCUACGAUGGCAAGACAGGAGAUGUCAAGACCGAGAUCGUGGACAGCACAGACGGCCACAAGGGCAGCAUCUUUGGUGUCUCCUGGUCCAGUGACUCGAGGAGAUUGGUGACUUGCUCGGCUGACCGCACAGUCAAAACGUGGGACGUCGACGCUGGCAAAGUCACCCAUUCCUGGGAUCUCGGUGAUGGUAUCGCCGUCUCCGACCAACAAGUCGGCGUGGUGUGGCCGGCAGGCAGACCAGACGGAUUGAUCAUCUCCCUCUCGUUGAGCGGUGAUCUCAACUACUUGAACACCAGCUCGAGCAAGCCCACCAAGGUUAUCUCCGGUCAUCAAAAGAACAUCACGGCUCUGACCUCCUCGGGAGAGGCUGGAAGUGCUACACUCUGGACUGGAAGCUAUGAGGGUCGUCUAUGCGCAUGGGAUGCGGCUAGCGGUAAUGCUGAGACAAUCGAAGGCGACGGUCACACCAAUAUCAUCUCCGGUCUUGCCGCCACUUCUGCCGACAAGCACCCGCAGGUGUUCUCGGUGGGCUGGGACGACUCUUUGAGGACAGUUGAUGCCGGCGCAAAGACGUUUACAGGAAAGCCGACGCAACUGUCGUCACAGCCGAAGGCUCUAACAUGCACCUCCGAUGCCCUCGUUGUUGUCGCUCAGCUAGAAAGCGUCAUCGUCUACAGAGAUGGAGAAGAGGACGGCGAACUCCCACUCAAGUCAACACCGACGUCUCUGGCAUCUUCGGGAAGUACGGUUGCGAUUGGCGCGCAGGAUUCGAGCCUUCGGUUGUUUUCUGUGGUGCCAGGAAAAGCCCCCAAGCAGACAGCAGUCGUCGACCAGGUGUCUGCAACUCCUGUGACCGCCUUGGCGUUCUCCCCAGACGGGAAUAUGAUAGCUGCCGGUACUGCGGCCGGUAAGAUUUACGUCUACAAGAUCAGUACGGGAAUCACGGGUCUUGUUACGGGGUCCGCCUCACUUGAGCUUGUGACCGAUCGAUGGAACGCUCACUCUGGCAAAAUCACCUGUAUUGCAUGGAACUCGGACAGCACAGGGGCGGUCUCUGGCAGCCUGGACACGAACUUGUUUGCGUGGAGUCUGAAGGAACCUGGCAAACGAGUGAAGGAGACCAAUGCCCACAAAGAAGGGGUCAACGGCGUUGUGUGGCUAGAAGACACCGUCUACAGUACCGGUGCGGACGCCACAGUCAAGAAAUGGAAGGUGAAAAUUGCGUAA